AUGGAGAUCGAUGUCUUGAGAGACGCGCGAGAGCUGCGCGACGAUGAGAUCAGACUCUUGACUCUACACAAGGGCAUCCCGGGGUCCAUCUUGGAGGGGUCACUACGCAAGGUCCGCCUCUCAGACGGCGUCGAGUAUCAACCGGUGUCAUACACUUGGGCAAACUACGACGACGAAGAUAACGGAAUCUUCAAAUGCUUAUACCUCAGUGAUCGCGACUGUCUCAUGGAAAUCAAGGACAACUGUGCAAUGGCUCUCUCGCGCCUGCGAGACCCCACCACUGACCGGACAAUCUGGGUUGAUGCGAUCUGCGUCAAUCAGGAGGACCCAGAUGAGCGGUCGCGACAGGUCAAACUGAUGCAUCGAAUCUACGCCCGAGCCUUCACAGUGCUUGUGUACCUCGGCGAAGAGUCUGAAGAAAACUGCAGCAAUAUGGCCAUGGAUCUGCUCAGCAAAGUUUCCCAACAAGGCACGACGACACUCGACGACAGACAAAAAUGGAGCAUCUCGCACUUAUUUAAGCGUCCAUACUUCCAACGAAUGUGGAUCAUACAAGAGGUCGCUCUCGCUCAGACC